UACGGUAACCGCCGCGGUCAGCUUCCUCAACUCCCGGACUGUCGCUGCGAACCUCCAUUCAUUUAAUCCCUUCAAGGCUGUUCUCCACUAGCCACUCCUUUCACACACACUCGUGAUGACUUUCCUCGAAUUCCUGUCGGCCUUGUUUGGCGUCACGUACUUCGCAGCGUGGUCGGUGAGCUUUUACCCGCAGGCCAUCCUCAACUUCCGGCGCAAAACAACAUCGGGGACCACCGUCGACUUCCCGCUGGUCAAUACUCUGGGCUUCGCCGCCUACCUGGUCUCCACUGCAGCAUUCUAUUACUCGCCCCUGAUCCGGGCCCAGUAUGCCGCUCGCUACAAGGGGCUUACCCCGACGGUGCAGUUCAACGACGUCGCCUUUGCUGCCCAUGGACUGCUCCUGUGCAUUGUCACCACAUCCCAGUAUUUUUACUCCCGGGCAUGGGGGUUCACUCCCAGCUUCGGCAACAGGCCCAGCCGCUUCAUCCUCGGCGUCUUCUUCGGCUGCGUAGUUGGUGUGGGCGCCGUCAUCUCUAUCGUGCUCGCCUCGACAGAGCGCGACAGUACUCGCGAGGCCGUCAGCUCGUGGGUCUGGCUGGACGCCAUCUAUGCCAUCUCGUACGUGAAGCUAAUCAUCACCAUCAUCAAAUACACGCCCCAAGUCAUGUUCAACUACCGCAACCGGUCCACCAGAGGCUGGAGCAUCAUGGCGAUCCUGCUCGACUUCUCCGGCGGCAUCUUGAGCAUCGCUCAGCAGUCCAUCGACAGCUAUCUCCAGCGCGACUGGUCCGGCAUUACGGGCAACCCCGUGAAGUUCGCCCUUGGCAAUGUCUCCAUGUUUUACGACUUGAUCUUCAUGACGCAACACUAUGUGCUCUACCGCGGCACCGAUGGGAAGCCGGAGGAGGGCGACUCGCUCCUCCAGGGCGCGGACGAGGAGCGCCGAAUCGAUUGAUGUUCGGCAAGGAUCCCAUCUGGCUGCGCAUUCCAAACUCCAUGGUAAUAGACUUGACAUGGCAAUCGCAACCCGCUGGUGCGAGGUGACGGCAGCCACGACGCGCCAUAUUCCGUGGUCUCGCCUCCAGGAAAGGAUGCAGGACUUUUGUUCCUCGACACCUCCGUCAACUUCGCCAUUCCACGCAAACACCACUCUCAU